GCCAGAGCCGGUCAGUACUGACAGAAAAACGCCCCCACUCUAUCACAGUACAAAACCAGACUUUUCAACACUGGAGAGAGCGUGAGCAAGAGCAGAAGAGAAGUGGAAACCAUUAUAGUCACUAUAGUCUAGGCCAUAAAUGUUGUAAGUAUCUUAUUAAAACGUGCUAUGAUUUGUGCAAUGACAUCAUUGUAAAAUAUAUAAUAAUUAAUUUACUAAGAUAUUUCGACCCCCAAUAAUCUGGGGGGGGGCAAUUGACGCAUGCGCAGACAGUGUAUACCAGGUGGUCUUUGAGCGGCCUGGAAUCGAGGCUAGUUUUAAAUUUACUCAUUAAUUUUCUGCUAGUCUUGUGGCUCAUCACAUUUCAUUAAGGCAUGCAUUCCUACUCUCAUAACACUAUACUAAAUAUAUCUUUUGUGAAGAGGUCAGGGCCUUUAUUCAUAGUAAAUUCAUUUGGUUUGCUGUACUCCCGUUUGAGACCUCGUAUUUUGAAUGUCUUUCACACUGGUCCCAAUAAGGGGGUGUGUCAGUCCGGCUGUUCAAAGUAUUGUUAGCAAAGCUUGCAAUGUGACUUAGCUAGAUAGAGCAAGUUCUCAGAUUAACAAAUAAGGAAGAUAUCAUGGACUGACUAAGCACAUGGUCACAAUGACCUAAAUACAUAACACAAGAAAGUUCUAGAAUGUUCCAGACUAGUCUAAACAUAGAUAUAACAUCAUUAUCAACUAAGUGUACCCAAGGGCGUAUACAGAGUAUACGCCCUUGGUGUACCUAUACUAACAGUAUAGCUGUUGCAGGAUCACAGUGCUGUACAUAUAUAUAUUUAUAUAUAUCGUGAUUAUGGCCACAAAAUAUGAUCCUUCCAUUGAAGAACAGGGACUACUUUCACCGAUCGAUUCGUUCCGUGAAGAAGAUCCUGUUCCUGUUUCUGAUGAUGCUCUUAGGGUAGAUACAGAUGAGGAAAAAGACUAUGAUGAAAGAAAAUUUUAUCGAUUUGUUGAUAAUUUCCCAGAAGAACUAAAAGGCAAAUGCGACCCCUCACAAGUGAAGGCAGCAUAUAAAAAUGCCAAACAGCUCAGAAUUCUUGUGACUGGAAAAACUGGAUCUGGAAAAUCUACUCUUAUUAAUGGGAUUCUUGGAGUUGCUGUAGCUAAAGAAGGAGACAGUAUCAGCAAGGCCUGCACAACAAAAGUCACAGAUUAUCAUGUCACUAAGUGGAAGGUUGACAUGAUAAUUUGGGAUAGCCCUGGUCUACAAGAUAGCACCGAUAAUGAGCAGUAUCUGAAACAAAUGAAGAAGAAGUGUCAGGAGAGAGAUUUGACGAUGUACUGUAUCGAUGUGCGUCAGACGAGGUUGAUCAGUGGGAGUAGCAACCCAGACAUUGUUGCAAUGAAGAAACUGACGCAAAAAUUUAGUUCUCAGUUUUGGAACAACACCGUGAUUGUUCUGACAUUUUUCAAUUACAUUGCUAAAGAGGAAAAGAUUAUAGAUCUUCCACCUGCAGAUAAGAAAACAGCAGUCGAGGCUAAACUGCAGGAGUGGAAAAAUCAGAUCGUGCACAUUUUAACUCAUGAUGUAGAGAUUGACCAAGAAGCUGCUGAGAAGGUACUCAUUGUUCCGGCUGGUUACUACCGUAAGCCACAUCUUCUAGUCUGUGACUAUUGGCUAUCGAACCUCUGGUUUCAUUGCUUUGCUGCUAUUUCUACUCAGGAAGGCCGGUUAGCAUUACUCAAAGCGAAUUUCUAUCGCAUGAAAAAGGACACCAGAGUACAAAAAGAGGAUUUUGAAAAAAAUAUAGAGGAUCAGCCGAUUGUGAAGAUAAGUAGUUGGUGGCAAAAGUUGGUGCAAUUACUUUUGGAUAUUUUUAUUUAUAUAAUUUUGUGAUUUCCAAGAAUACUUGUGUAGUACGCAACAUGUUAAGAUUUGCCUUUUGUUGUAUACAUGCACAUUCUUUGCACCAUGGACAUUUUGUUGUUGUUGUUUUUUUUACCAUGAAAACAUUUUUUGCCUGCAUAAAUAAUAUCAGGUAAUGUACUCCUAAUAAUAUCAAUGUACAAUCUGCUGCCUUUAUGGCUAUAUAAGAAGUAGUAUACCCUAAAGAAUAUACUCCAC